AUGGCGCAUUUGGGUAAUAUAGCAGCAUUUGACAAAUCCGAGGACUUUGAAGAUUAUGUCGAAAGGUUUGAUCAGUUCUGCUUAGCAAAUGACAUAACAGAGGAAGAUAAGAAACGGGCAGUUUUCUUGAGCGCCGUCGGCUCUCCUACAUAUGGACUUCUGAAGACAUUGCUUGCCCCUAAUAAGCCCUCAUCAAGGACUUAUCGAGAACUUACUGAGCUUUUGAAAAAUCACCUCCACCCAAAACCCAUCCUGAUAGCUGAACGUUUCAAGUUUUACAAUAGGAAACAACGUCCAGGAGAAUCCAUCACUGAUUAUGCAACGGAGCAACGGAAAUUGGCGGAAACAUGUCAGUUUGGUGCUUUUCAAGAGGAAGUUUUAAGAGACUUGUUUGUUAUUGGAUUGGCCAACCGCUCGGCACAGAGGAAACUAUUAAGUGAACAGGAGCUUGACUUAAAGAAAGCAUUUUCGAUUGCUUUAAGUCAGGAAAUGGCUGAUGAAAAUGUCACGAAGAUUCAGGGUCAAACUCAGGAGGUAAAAAAAGUUGUUGGGCCGAAUGCUUCUCUCCUUGAGUGUUACCGUUGCGGGAAGACAAACCAUAAGGCUGAUGUUUGUUUCCAUAAGGAUACUGAGUGUAAUGGGUGUCAUAAAAAAGGACACCUUCGUAGAAUGUGCCGAAUGGAAAAUCACGCCACAGUCAAUCAAAAUUGGAAAUACGGAAGACAAGGAAGGAAACGAUCGACGGUCAACAUGGCAGAGGAGGAGACCAGCUGCUCGAAAGAAGAAACUACAGAGUGCAAACUACAGGAUGAAUUGGUGCAUACAUUGAAAUACUGUGUUAAGAAAAUGAAAGCAAGACACAAUAAAGUUCCAGAGAUAAUAGUGAAAGUUAAAUUAAAUGGGAUACCAAUUGAUAUGGAAUUGGAGACGGGAGCUUCGGUGUCACUGAUAAGUGAAGAGUUCUACGCUAAACAUCUGAAAAAUACAGUACUUCAAUCCAGCGAUAUUGUGCUGAAAACCAUGACGGGAGAAAAAAUAGAAGUCGUCGGGAUAUGCUACGUAACUAUGGAAAAAGUUAGCUGUAAAUCAUCUGCAUUCUGGUAUUCUGAAAACCUCAAAGUUAGAAGAACUGUUAAGGAAAUAUGCGAGGACAUCAGGGAUGCUGUGAAUGCAGAACUUAAAAGACUAGAAUUGGAAGGAAUUAUUGAGAAAGUUGACUAUAGUGAGUGGGCGGCACCGAUAGUGCCCGUUUCAAAAGACAAUGGUUCUAUUAGGAUCGGUGGUGACUUCAAGGUCACCAUAAAUCGUUAUGUGGAAAACCCUGAACAUCCAAUGCCAAAUCCAGAUGAACUAUACCAGCGACUGAACGGUGGAAAAACUUUCUCAAAGUUAGAUUUAUCGCAAGCUUAUCAGCAAGUGGAAUUAGAUGAGGAAUCUAGGAAAUAUGUGACGAUUAAUACACCACUUGGUUUGUACCGAUAUACACGUUUACCAUAUGGUGUCUCAGCAGCACCACAACUUUUUCAGUCUUUAAUGGAUAAAGUUCUGCAAGGAGUGCCUUGUGGAUGCAACAUAGAUGAUAUUAGUCUUACUGGGAGAACCGCAGCUGAACAUUUACACAAUCUUGAAAAGGUACUUGAACGGUUGCACAUCAAUGGGUUGAAAUGUAAUUUGUCGAAAUGUGAAUUUAUGAAGCCCUCCUUGAAAUAUUUGAGUUUCAUUGUAGAUGAAGAGGGUAUUCAUAUGACGGAGGAUGCCAUUGCAGCAGUCACGGAGGCACCAAGGCCAGAAUCAAGGUCUGAAAUGCAAUCCUUCCUGGGGCUGGUAAACCAUUACCGUCGCUAUGUGCCAAAUCUCUCAUUAGUCGCAGCGCCUCUCACAGAAUUACUGCAUAAAGACAGAAAAUGGCAUUGGUCAGUAGAGUGUGAAAGAGCUUUUUCCGAGAUUAAAAAAAUGCUGACCACUGAAACAGGAGUAUUAGUGCACUAUGAUUUGAGUAAACCUGUGACGUUGGCAGUAGAUGCAUCACCCAAAGGACUUGGAGCAGUGCUUUCCCAUAUCACCAGUAACGGAGAAAGACCAAUUGCUUAUGCAUCAAGAAUGUUAACACCCACUGAACGUAACUAUUCCCAAAUUGAGCAUGAGGGUUUGGCAAUCAUCUUUGGACUACGGAAGUUUCAUCAAUAUUUAUAUGGUCGUAAAUUCACCCUUAUUACAGAUAACAAACCACUGUCAUACAUUCUGGGACCCAAGAAGGGCAUUCCAGUCCUUGCAGCUGCAAGAAUACAACGCUGGGCUAUACAGUUAGCAGCUCAUGAUUAUGACAUUGAAUUACGUCGUUCAAGUGACAAUGGAAAUGCUGAUGCACUCUCACGGUUGCCUUUACCAGAUUGUGACUCCGAUGCAUCAGAUAAGCAUGUAAACUGGACACAAGAAGCAACUGCAUUUAACAUGCACCAGGUGAACUCUCUUCCUGUAACUGCGAAAUCUGUUGCAAGGGAAACUUUGCAUGAUGCUGUACUGGCUAGAGCUUUAUAUUAUACACGAAAUGGAUGGCCAGACUCUGAGGACAUAGCACAGGAACUGAAACCCUUCCAUAGCCGCCAGCGUGAGUUUUCAAUUGAAGAGGGAUGUCUUCUAUGGGGUGCCAGGGUGGUAAUACCGUCGAGAUAUAGGAUUCAAAUAUUAGAAGAGCUACAUGGUGGUCAUCCGGGGAUUGUUCGGAUGAAAGGAUUAGCUCGCUUGCAUGUGUGGUGGCCCCAAAUAUCGGAUCAAGAUAUUGAAAACACUGUGCAAGGGUGCUCUGCUUGUCAGACUACUCAGCCAAUGCCGACUCGUGCUGAGGGUAAUCCGUGGAAUGGCCUUCUGGUCCGUGGAAAAGAGUACAUGUUGAUUUCGCAGGACCAUUCCUGGGACAAAUGUACCUCAUUAUGA